AAAAAAAAACACAAAAAGGCACCAAUUUGGGGGUUCAUUAUGAUGUGUUAAAUAUGAUAUUUUGCAUGCAAAGACUUUAUUUUUAAGUUUAAUUUUGGUUUUUUCAAAGUUGUAGUCAAGGUGUUUGAUAAAAUGUCUGUGAGAAGUAUACUGUGUUUUUUAGAGGGGAAAUAGGCUGUUUUAGAGAGUGGAGUUGGCGUUUUAUUCGGACUUGAGUUGUCAGUAUUUUGAGUUUGGAUUGAGGGAAGGGGAUAAGAGGUGUGUUGGAUGGAAACUCCAGGGUCGAAAAGGUUGUUAAGGAAGAAAUCGUUGUCGAAAAGCUAUGAUGAGAAUUUGUUGGAUGAGUAUUUGGAUAGGCAACUAGGUGGGUCGACGAGGAAAAGGUUUAGAACAAAGAAAGAGUUGGAGAAAGAAACGGAAAAAGAAGCGAUGAUAGCUUUGUCGUUAGGGUUUCCGAUAGAUGCGUUGCUUGAAGAAGAAAUUAAGGCGAAUGUAGUGAGUAAGUUGGAUGGGAAGGAGCAGAAUGACUAUAUUGUGGUGAGAAACCAUAUACUGUCUAGAUGGAGGGCUGAUGUUCAAGUGUGGCUUACGAAAGGACAGAUAAAGGAAACUGUCAGUAAUGAGUAUGAUCAGUUGUUGAAUACGGCUUAUGAUUUUCUUUUGAAUAAUGGGUAUAUUAAUUUUGGGGUUUUGCCGGCAUUUAAAGCUCAGAUGCCUGAAGAAGCAAACGAGGGUUCUGUGAUUAUCAUUGGUGCUGGGCUUGCUGGGUUAGCUGCUGCUCGCCAGCUUCUAGCUUUUGGUUUUAAGGUGGCUGUUUUGGAAGGUAGGAAUAGACCUGGGGGUAGAGUUUAUACACAAAAGAUGGGUAAAGAAGGUAAUUAUGCUGCGGUUGAUCUAGGUGGCAGUGUCAUUACAGGUAUCCAUGCGAACCCGCUUGGAGUAUUGGCUAGACAACUUUCGAUUCCUCUUCAUAAAGUUAGAGAUGUAUGUCCGUUGUACGAUCCAGAAGGGCGACCUGUGGCCGGUGACGUUGAUGCCAAAGUAGAAUUUAUUUUUAAUAGGCUUUUAGACAAAGUUACCGAAUUUAGACAAAUAAUGGGUAAAUCAGCCGCUGAUAUUUCUCUAGGAUCUGUUCUUGAGAGGCUUAGACAGAUGUAUACUGUGGCCACAAAGCCUGAUGAAAGACAGUUACUUGACUGGCAUUUUGCAAACUUAGAAUAUGCAAAUGCAGGUUGCCUUUCACAUCUCUCUGCUGCUUAUUGGGAUCAAGAUGAUCCUUAUGAAAUGGGCGGUGAUCAUUGCUUUCUUUCAGGCGGGAAUUGGAGGUUAAUCGAAGCAUUGUGUGAUGGGGUUCCUAUUUUUUAUGGAAAAACUGUUCAGACGAUUCGGUAUGGUGAAGAAGGUGUUGAGGUGACUGCUGGGGACCAAACAUUUCAAGCUGACAUGGUGUUAUGCACUGUUCCGCUUGGUGUCCUAAAGAAACGAUCCAUUAAAUUCAUCCCAGAGUUACCCGUAAGAAAACUUGAAGCAAUUGAAAGAUUGGGAUUUGGGUUGCUAAAUAAGGUUGCUAUGGUAUUUCCGCAUGUCUUUUGGGGGGAAGAGCUUGAUACAUUUGGCUGUCUCAGCAAGAAUAGCAAUACACGUGGCGAGUUUUUCUUGUUCUACAGCUAUCAUACAGUUUCCGGUGGUUCAGGACUUGUUGCAUUGGUGGCCGGUGAAGCUGCAAGAUCGUUUGAGCUCACACACCCAUCCACUUUGCUUCAUCGUGUUUUAAACAUCCUGAGAGGUAUAUACGGUCCAAAGGGUAUUGAUGUUCCUGAUCCCAUUCAAUCUAUCUGUACCAAAUGGGGAAAUGAUCCUCUUUCGUAUGGUUCAUAUUCUCAUGUAAGGGUGCAUGCUUCUGGUAGUGAUUAUGACAUACUUGCAGAAAAUGUGGCAAACCGGCUUUUCUUUGCUGGCGAAGCCACAAACCGGCAACAUCCUGCCACUAUGCAUGGUGCUUAUUUAAGUGGUUUAAGGGAAGCUUCAUGUAUUUACAGAGUCACAAAGGGUAGUAAACAAACUCAUCCUAGGAAAAGCAUUCGGAAAAUUGUUGGAGUGAGUGAUACUCUUGUAAACCUGUUCAAGUAUCCGGAUUUAGCUAUUGGAAACUUCAGUUUUGUGUUUGACCCGUCCAACAAAGACCCUAAAUCGAGGGGACUCUUGAUGGUUACCGUUGAAAGUUCUAGUAGCGAGCUAAGUAAUGAUAACGGGAAGGUCAACAAUGGUCAACAUUCUGAGAAGCAACCUGUGAGGCUUUAUAUGAUUGUAACGCGUGCUCAGGCGCAAGAAUUGCAAUCAGAGACAGGAGAGCGGGAAAGUGGAUUGACAUAUUUGUUCAAAAAUCAUGGGUUGAAAGUUAUGGGAUCAGAUAGUUUUGGCCUCUUAGCUAAUCCGUUGAUUUCCCAGAUUGCUACACGUAGAGGGAGAGUCAGAAAUCGGAGAGUUCCUGCAAACCGUGUUUCAUACACAUGAUCCCGUGGCUUUCAAAGCCCUAGUUGUUGUAUACUUGUAGGACAUGAAGAAAUCAUUAGUGAAUUCAGGUGACUGAAUAUAGUUGUGUUGGAGAAUGGUGAAUCAACCACGUAGCAGCAUCACUUAGUAAAUGUGAAAUGAUGGUUGGCAUGAAAUUAUGUAUGCUAGCUCAUAUUCAUGUCCAUGGACUUAGUUUUAGCAUCUGUUUUUAUCUUUUGCCGCACUCAAAGUGUAAAUUACCCUACCUGUAAAAUUGCUUUUUUUUUUU